AUGGAAACUGCUGGAUCAAUCAAAGUCGGCGGGCGAGGGGGGGGGACGACGAAAAACGGCGGGCGCAUUUGGGCACAUGACUGGGAGAACUCUGUGGUGGACCCGCUGGGCGAAAGGAGCUCGCAGACCGUUGCGUUGGGCCUCACGAUGUCAUCGAGCGGAGCGAGCGCGAGCGCGGCGACCAUGCAGCGGCACCAGGAGCAGCGGCGCGCUGACACGAGCGCGCUCGCCGAUGCGGCGAGGGGGCAGAGGCAGAUGCCCGAGCUGCCGCCGUACGAGGCCGCCGUCGACAUUGCCCUCCAGCUUUUGACGGAUGGCGAGGGGCUGCAGGCGCUGCACGCAUCUGAUGAACCGAGCGCAGAGAGUGACAAUCGCAGCAGCAGGCUGCUGCUGCUGCCACAGCAGCAGUCUGCUGCGGCCCUAAUACGCAAGUUGAUGACUAGCAGCACUGCCGGGGGCAUUCGAGCCGCCACAGCCGGCAGUGGCCGUGGCAUACACUGCGAGCACACUUGGUGCAGCUGCGAGGAGCUAUGGCGGGCGCGUGUGUGGGGCUGUAGCCUGUGUUUGGCCGGUUCUGACCCGUUUACUAUCCGAGUAUCAAGUCCGGGCCACAAAAAAUCGCACACGGGUAGCGGCUCAGGGGCCCAGUAA